AUGGGUUACGCUCAUUAUACCAUCCUCGGCCGCCAGGUGGGCGCGCACUGGCUGUCCAUCGCCACGCUCGCCACGGUUGGCGGAGGGUCAUAUCUGGCCAUGGGCGGAAGCAAGAAGGAGGAAGGACCGGCACUGAAUGCGGGAAGCAAGGACGAGGAGUCUUUCAUCAAGAACUUCAUCAAGACCAAGGAGUCAGAAGAGAAGGCUAAGGCCUGA